UCGAGGUGUAAUAGAGAAAAGGUUUUACUAUUAAUGGCAAACAAAGCGAAAUAUGUAGCAAGGAAGUGUGUGGAGCAAGUGGAUACUUACAUUUUCAAGUACUUAAAGUUAAAAAUGAAUCCAUCGAUGGAAGUGGAGGACCUGAAGAAGAGGUACUGCGGUCGUCUGCAGCAUUCCCUGUUCCUGUCUCUACUCCUAAUCUGUUUGUUCUAUGGGGCUAGCUUCUUAGUUUUGGUAACAGUAGUUUAUCCACAUGAUAUAUGGGGCGACCACGUACGAAUUUUCACUGUUUCUGCUGUCUUAGGCAUUUUGGUGCUCUUGUUUGUCUGCAUGGUGCCUCUGGAGCGUUUCUUCGCCCAUUGCUCCUGGUUGGUGUCGGCCGGCGUCUGGCUUUGCCUUCUGGCCGUACUUGUCGUCUGCUCAUAUAGCCGGACUCAUCGACGAACGACAGACAAUGCUCUCUUCGUGUACUUUGCCGUCUUCGUGUCUCACACCAUGUUAUCACUGCCUUUGCUCGUUGCUUGUGUCAUAGCUGUGUUGACCGCCUUAUCACAGGUGGCGCUAGAAGGAGUGCUUGCCAAUACCGACACCGAAAACCUCCCUAAACAGGUCGCAGCGUGCGGUUUGUUUCUGGCAAGCGGCACUCUGAUUGGCUACUUUCAUCGACGUAUGACAGAUGCAUCGCACGAUAAGACGUUUGCGGGUACGCGCUUCUUCAUUGAGUCCAGAAUCAAGCUGGAAUAUGAAAAAGAACAGCAGGAACAGUUACUAUUGAGUGUCAUACCGGCUUACAUUGCUGCAGAAGUGAAAAGAAGCAUCAUGCUCAAAAUGGCUGACGCGUGUCAGAGCAAUAACACCCAAUCCAAGCAACGCUUCCACGAAUUAUACGUGCAAAGGCACAACAAUGUCAGUAUACUGUAUGCCGACAUCGUCAACUUCACUCCACUUUCAGAACAACUUUCGGCUUCGGAUUUGGUUCGCACCCUUAAUGAACUGUUCGGACGCUUUGACCAAAUAGCUCAGGAGAACCACUGCAUGCGCAUUAAAAUUUUGGGUGACUGCUAUUAUUGUGUGUCCGGCUUACCUGUCUCAAGACCUAGUCAUGCCACAAAUUGUGUUCAGAUGGGCCUCAGUAUGAUCGAAGCCAUACGUGUGGUGCGGGAGGCGACGGAAGUGAACGUGGACAUGCGCAUAGGAGUGCAUACUGGAGAUGUCCUCUGCGGAGUUCUGGGAUUGAGGAAGUGGCAAUUUGAUGUAUGGUCUGAUGACGUCACGCUGGCCAAUCAUAUGGAGUCCGGAGGAGUUCCUGGGAAAGUUCACAUAACCAAAGCAACUCUCCAGCAACUCGAUGGACAGUUUGAGGCCGAACCUGGUAACGGACAUCAGAGAGACCAGUACCUUGCUGACCAUCAAGUGGAAACAUAUCUCAUUGUCCCUCCCAAGUUUCCUACUGUAAAAGAAUCCUGCGACAAUCAAAAGCCCCUUAUUGAAACUUUCUUUGCAUUGAUGAAACCAGGUGUGUACACUUUUUGCUCUUUAUUACCUUUUCCUGUAGCCAGUCAUUCACGUAAAUCCCAGUUUCAUCGGAGGUUACAAUGUACUUGCAUUUACCUCCUGUUAAAUAGUUUUGAACAGGAUUCUACAAAUUGGUCUGCAUUGAGCAUCGGAAAAAGCUGGUGA